GCCUUUCUUUCCUUCCCUAACUCUGCCCUCACUCUCCACCCUCCUUAGAGUUCUUGAAAAACCCUAAUUUUGCCAUCCCCGUUCUUUUUCUUAUUUCAGAUUCAGGGGCAUUUCAGAGAAGAGAAGCAGUUAGGGUUUUCAGACAACUGCAAUCCCUGCCAUUCUCAUACCCUUCCUCUGCUGCAAAUUUCCGCGACCUACUUCCGCCGACGCGCCACGCCUCCGCCGCCGCCGCACCCUGCCUCCGCCUCGCCCUGCUUCGGCCGCCGCGCCACGCCUCCCACGCUCAAUAAGACAAGAGGUUUCUGCGGCCCUAAAUCGCUCAUCUGGUUCAUCAGACGGUUCAAUACCCGGUGGAACAUGCUGAGAAGUUUGAGAAAUUUGGCAUGUCGCCUUCCAAAGAUAUCUGAGGUUGUCAAUACUCAAUUCCAUGAAAGAUCUGAUAGAUAUCUGUCGGGAGCACAAAAUUGGGGCAAUUGGUAAAUUUUAAAUUGCUUUUGUUACUAUAUUACCCUAUUGGGCUGCAAAUGGACGGAUCGUUUGUGCCUAGAAACAACAUUGAAGAGGCUAUACUUCUUUUAAUGAUUUUGCUAAGAAAAGUCACUCUAAAUAGAAUUGAGUGGGAUCCUUCAAUUUUGGACCACCUUUCAUUUGCUCUAUCUGUUUCUGGAUAUUUGAUGAUUUUAGCCAAUCAAUUGAAAGAAUUGCUUCCUGGAACUAUCCAUCGAAAGGAGAGGUUCCAUGCUUUAGCUCUUUGUUAUUACGGAGCAGGGAAGAACGUGGAAGCGCUGGAUCUUCUUAGAAAACUGCUGAGUAAUAGAGAGGACCCAAGACAUGUUCCAAGUUUGUUAAUGGCUUCUAAGAUUUGUUGCGAGAACUUCAGUGUUACAAAAGACCCUGGGGUAAGCUUUGCUCGGAUGGCACUUGAGAACUUGGAUGGAAGAUGUAAUCAGUUAGAAAAUAUGGCCAAUUUCUUACUUGGUGUUUCACUUUCUGCAUACUCGAAAUUGGCCAUUUCUGAUGCUGAGAGGGUUAAGAGACAAUCUGAGGCACUUCAUACCCUUGAAACUGCCUGCAAAUUGAGCAGAAUGGAAGACCCUGUUGUAUUAUACCAUCUGAGUUUAGAAUACGCUGAGCAACGGAAGUUGGAUGCUACACUUCAUUAUGCUAAGUGCAUUGUAAAACUUGAAGUUGGCUGCAAUUGGUAA